GUGAUCGCUAGUUGAGGUGAUGGCGACUGGGACGCCCGAUUCGCAAGCCCGAUUUGGUCAGUCGGUGAAGGGGCUUCUCACGGAGAAGGUGAAUACCUGUGGCACCGACGUCAUCGCGCUCACCAAGCAGGUGCUGAAGGGUUCGCGGAGCUCGGAGCUGCUGGGGCAGGCAGCUCGAAACAUGGUACUACAGGAAGAUGCCAUCUUACACUCGGAAGAUAGUUUAAGGAAGAUGGCAAUAAUAACAACACACCUUCAGUACCAGCAAGAAGCUAUUCAGAAGAAUGUUGAGCAGUCGCCUGACCUGCAGGACCAGUUGAGUCACUUACUGAAGUAGCAUGUCAGAACGGUAGUUGACUUCUUUGAUUGAUGCUGGGGAGGGCCUGUCCUACACAACCAUCAGGCCGUGGCCUUGGUCUCCAUUUUCAUCUCCAGAAAAUCAUCUAGAAAAGACUUAUGAAAAGAAGAAGCCAAGUGACUGAACAUGGAAGCAGUUCUUAAAUUAGAUUAACUCAUCUUCAAAUUGUUUUAUAUUGAAAUUAAUAGGUUGAAUCAUUAGCACUAAAACAGGAAAGGUACCUCAGCUUGUUAAAAGCUGCAUUGUUUGUGAUCCUCUCUCUCUCUCUCUCUCUCUCUCUCUCUCUCUCUCUCUCUU